AUGGGCGCCGUGGUCUCGUCGGAGGGAGGGGGCCGGGGCCGGGGAGGCGAUGGCACGGUGCUGGGCGACCUGCCGGAGAACUGUGUCGCGGAGGUGCUGCUCAGGCUGGACCCGCUGGAGAUCUGCCGGAUGGCGCGGCUCAGCCGCACGUUCCGUGGCGCCGCGUCCGGGGACGUUGUCUGGGAGUCCAAGCUGCCGAGGAACUACGUGCGCCUCCUCGCCAUCGCCGCGGCUGGUGAUGGGGAAGGGGCCAGGCUGCCGCGGCAGCUCUGGAGGCGGAGCCGCUGCCCAAGAAGGAACUUUAUAAAAUUUGUAUGGCACAUUGUGCAGGAGUUCUGGCUGGACAAGGGUGGUGGAGGUCUAUGCAUGUCAAUUUCUUCAAGGGCACUUUCAAUAACGGGCAUUGAUGAUAGGAGAUAUUGGAACUUCAUUCCCAAUGAUGAAUCAAGAUUUCACACGGUUGCUUAUCUCUCACAAAUUUGGUGGUUUGAAGUCAGAGGGGAGGUUGAAUUCUUCUUCCCAGAAGGUACAUACAGCCUAUUUUACCGCGUUCAUCUUGGUCGACCAUUCAAGCGUCUUGGACGGCGAGUUUAUAGCUCAGAGCACAUCCACGGCUGGGAUAUAAAGCCGGUGCACUUCCAAAUGUCAACUUCCGAUGGACAGCAUGUUCAGUCCAAGUGUUAUUUAACUGAUCCUGGUAUCUGGAUCAAUCACCAUGUCGGGGACUUUGUCGUGAAGGACUCGAGCAGACCAAUAAACAUCAGAUUUGCAAUGAUUCAGAUAGAUUGCACACACACGAAGGGUGGUCUCUGUGUGGAUUCAGUGGUGGUGAAACCGCAAUACCUCACGCAGAAAAAAGCACCCUGGACUUAA